AGUUGUGCCUAUUCAUUAUUCAUUCAUCAAUUUCACAAAAACCAAGCGAACCUGCGGCAUCAGGGUUUCUGAGAAUAUUUACUCGAUUUCACAUCCAAAUAUACAUUGUAGCCAACCAAGAAACUACAAUUUAAAGCAUUUUCAUUGAGUGUAGAUAACUGUAAAACAAUUUCAAAAUGAGUUUCGGACUGCCCUCAGUUAAAGUAAAGCCAGAGCAUGUUGAGGUCGUUAAGCCCAAAGAAGGAAUCUUCGGGGUUCCCGAUCCUAUGGUUGCGGGUAUCGGAGCUACUAAACUAAAAAUCGGUGUUUCCCAUCCCCUUCAGACUUCAGAAAAGAAUUACCAUCUGAAUGAAGAAAAGAUGAACAUGGCCAUGCUCCGCAAUAUCCAAGGUCUCCAUGCGCCUCUGAAGCUUACAAUGGAGAAGAAGUAUUCCAGUAAGGUUGGCCGUUUACCAUUUUUGCCCAGUUCCAACUUACAACACGAUGUACUGACUGGAAAGUAUCUGGACAUUGGCUUUGAAGACAUCCUCAACACUCAAGACUUGUGCGAGGUUGCCGGACAGCCUCAUGCUGUAGUGGAAAGGUCUCUGGGACUCUUAUAAAUAAGAUAGAUUUAGGUUCAUAUUUCUGUAAUUCUUCUGGAACAUUUUUUAAUAAACUCUCAACUCCAACUUUA